GCCUGCAUCUGUGAAAUCUACUCAAGCAGCACCUCACGCAUUGGGGAGUGAGACAUUGAGACAGACAACGACACUCGCCCAAGUGAAGGAAGAUAGAGAUAAUUUUUGUGUUUCUAACUUAGAAUUAACAACACAAAACUUACGCCAUGAUCAAACCGCUGUGCGUCGUUCUGUUCGCUUUGGCAGCAGCCAAUGCAAGUAUUGUCAAGCGUGAGACAGUCAUCGAUGAAGGAGACUAUACUCUGAGACGCUUUCAACCUUACAAAAUACACCAACAAGGCUGAGCUGAUCGAGGCUAUUGGAAGGGUUCCUCACCGAAUGGGCCGCUACACGUCCACAGGUGCCGGUAUCGACUACAUGGCUAAGUCACAGCUGGCCAGUCAGUUCACGCGCCCCUGGGCCACCAGAGUCGGCCUCGUCAUCACAGAUGGAGACUCCCAAGAAACACAGGUCACCAAACAAGCCGCCGCGGAUGCACGUGCUGAGGGCAUCAACAUGUUCGCUAUCGGAGUCGGCCGGGUGAACGACCAAGAGCUGGACAACAUUGCCGGAGAUAAGAGCCGGGUGUUCAAGGUGGGCAACUAUGGCGAGCUGCAGAACAUCAAGACCACACUGGCCCAUAAGACUUGCAUCAAGAAACUGAAGACAACGCCAAUCCCUCUCACAACUUGUGGUGAAGCCAACCCCGCAGACAUCUACUUCACCUUCAGCCCGGCAGAGCUUGGUCUGGAGCAGACUUCAUGGACCACGUCAUUCAUUGGCACUUUGAUCAAGCAAGAGCAGAUGGAGGACGGCUUCAGGAGGCUGUCCACUACCGGCUACCUGACGUCCAGUGGUGGCCGGCCUGAGGCCCAGGACGUGGCUGUGCUGGUGACAAGUGGCGGGAAACGGGGCCGUCGUCUUCAAACUGAGGUGGAUCGUCUGCUGGGAGAGGGGGUCGAGAGGAGAAACAACAGUAGCACCUGUUGUGCCAACGACCGAGGCCAUCGAGCCACCAACCGAGCCACCAACCGAGCCACCCACCACAGUCCCUGAACCUACCACCACAGAGCCGGAAACAACUACCAAGCAAGGGUGUUAAUGAGACAGGAUGAUGAUGAUGCAGUGUGGAAUGUUCCAUGAGGAUUUUUCAGCUUUUCGUCGAGCUCAGAGGAAAUAUUGGAAUGUAUUCAGUCCGCUGAUGUCCACAGCCGUUGUCAUGACAACCCCAUAUCUCAUAACAACUUCAUUUCAUUACCAAUGUCAUUGAGAGUCAUCACAGCAUCUAGAGAAAUAAAUAUAUUGUACAGUAAACA